CUUUUUGCGCACGCGCACACGUUGUGGGGGCCGCCCCAGCCGCCGGCUCCCCCACCGCAGCUCUAUGGUCUCUCCCUAGAGAUUUGCCGUUGGGGGCAGUUGCUGCGGUCCUGUGGCUUCGUCCGCCCGGUGCAGCAGCAACAUGGAGGAAUUCGAUUCUGAAGACUUCUCCACCUCAGAGGAGGACGAAGACUACGUGCCGUCGGGUGGAGAGUAUAGUGAAGAUGAUGUAAAUGAAUUAGUGAAGGAAGAUGAAGUGGAUGGUGAAGAGCAGACACAGAAAACCAAAGGGAAAAAAAGAAAGGCUCAGAGCAUUCCAUCCAGGAAGAGAAAACAAGGUGGCCUCUCAUUAGCAGAAGAGGACGAGGAGGACGCCAACCAGGACUCCGAGGGAAGUAGCAGUGAGGACGGAGAUGCAGCUGCAGAGCAGGAAAAGGACAUUGGCUCAGACGACGCGAGGAGGAAGAAGGAGGAUGAGCUCUGGGCCAGCUUCCUCAACGAUGUAGGACCAAAGCCAAAAGUGCCCCCAAAUACACAAGUUAAAAGUGGAGGGAAGACUGAAGGGACGGGUUCAAGUAAAUUGUUGGUCAGAGCAGAAGAGCUGGAGAAACCUAAAGAAACUGAGAAAGUUAAAAUCACCAAGGUGUUUGAUUUUGCUGGUGAAGAAGUCAGGGUGACUAAGGAAGUGGAUGCAACAUCUAAAGAAGCCAAAUCUUUCUUCAAGCAAAACGAGAAAGAAAAGCCACAGGCAGCUGGCCCCGCAGCUGUGCCGCCACUCCCUGCGGGGUCCGGGCCGCCUCUGUCUCGUACAGCAGUCAGUCUUGAGUACCCGUAUACAAUCAGUGCUGUUGGGCACCUGAAAUGUGGCUAGUCCAAAUUCAGAAUAUCUUAUUCUACUGUUACUGCCUUCUUGUGAUGAUGUGAGAUGAUAAAAUGCCUGGUGAAGAGAGGAAGUGAGCUGAAUGACGGAGGCCUUGUGACGUAGCAUCAGACUGCUAUUGACCUGGCAGUGGGGCAGGCGGAGGGCAGUCUGCUGCUGGACUGGUCGGCUGUGGGUGAUCGAAACUGCAGAAAGCAAAACUGGAUAAAAGGGGUUGCUGUAUUGUCAUUUUAUCCCUUUAGUGUCAGGCUUAAGAGAGGAUAGCUGGAUCUCAGAUCUGCUUCUCUCAUCAGUUUGUUUUGAUACGUUAUUUUGGUUGAAUUACAUGAAGAAAAUGUAGGCGUACACAGGUAUGUAGUUGCACAAAAGGGAGUAUUCUAAUAGCUGUUUAGAUAAUUUUGGACAUCAUCUAUGAUACUGCACCAAAAUGUGAACGGUGGUAGUUUCUUAGUUUGGUUGCAAAAUGGGAUCUGAGACCAAAUCAACUUUUUGUUCUGUUACAUUAAAAUCUUGGCUUCACUUGUA